AUGUUAGCGGCGGAAAUGCAGUUUAGGGCGGCUCCAUAUUCUCAGACAACGCAAGGGGGGAGACCAAACGCACCGGUAUCAAAGGGAAGGGAUGGGUUAAAGUUGAAUAUAGUGUUUGCCCAAAGUACUGAUGCCGUUGAUGGGGAGGAUGAGAAAGGUUUUUUUUUUUUUUUUGUUUCCUACCUUCUCACACCCAGUCAGCGAGGUGGGUAGUGGGUGGAUUGAUGGAUGGACGAGAUGGGUCUGUAAUUAAGAGUUAUUGAUAGAGGCAAACAAAAGAGCGAUCUCGUACUUGGGUAUCACGACCUCGAAGCUUCAAUAUCCCAUGAAAUAUCUCGAGGUCUCUCUGAGAAAGUUUGGGUUGUGAGGAAGUCGCGCCCGGAUCUCGACGACAACACCAGCAGGCAUCAGGAGGCAGAGGACAAGGACCAGCAGCGUCAGGACGCACCGGACGCAACAAUGGAGCCUCCGGACGCGACCCCCGCCAAGACAAUGGGAAAAUCCUUGUUGCAAUUUACUCCUAAUUCGGUCUAG